AUGUCCUCACUCUUCCGGAGGGUGGGAGUCGAGUGUUUCGCAUGGACAGAUGUUUAUUUUGCUGCCUACGACCCCCGGAACAGCGGGAAAUCCUCUCGAUCGAGUGAUGUGCUCGACGUGUUUGUGGAAGCUGUUGACGCGGUCCAUCGAGCGUGGAACUCUUCUGAGGAGGACAAACAAAGUUUGAAAUAUGAGGUUAUGCCAACCCCAGAAGCAGCCCCGUUUGGCAGUGGAUCUCCAACCUGGUGGCAGUUACUGUCCGUGGGGGGUGUUACGUCACGCCCCAGCUGUCUGUGCCGAAAAAGAGGAGAGUCCGUAGACCUGUUGUCUAAGCUCCGCAGAUCCUUCUACUUUACGAUCUUCCAAAAGGCGUCUCCGAUGUUAUUCCAAAUAACAACCUCCGAAUCCAUCCAAACCAAAGUAUAACUCGCUUUGGAGAGCUUACCAUCCCAGGGACCCGGAGAAGGUUGGUCGUCACAGGGAGUGUUGCCAGGUGGAAGCAGCUUAGCAUACACAUGGCGUUGAAAUCUAAAUAAAGUACC